AUCUGUCUGUCCAUCACAAAUAAUACGAGGCCUAACUCCCUUUAUUUCAUUUUUACGCUAUAUCUCUUCCUCCCAUUGGCAUCGCCUCACUCCGACAUCCUCCCACCGCUGUCACCCCACUCCGCCAUUUCUGACGCCGUCAUCUUCCCACCGACGAUCAUUCAAGAAGAAAGUACAGCAAAGCCCGAUCAGUAUCUGAAUCCUUGUUGUUGAAGCCCUAGGUUAGCGAAUCUCUGUUCUGGAUCAAGUUCCUUCGAGUUGUUCUCAAUCGACAGUCGACGAUCUUCUGGAGGUGCGAAUUGCAAAUCUCUCUCUCGAGCGCGCGCGAGAGCCCAGUCGUCAGUCUCUCUCUCGCGGCGGCAACAACACCAGCGCCACCUCACGCAGUGGCAACAACACCAGCGCAAACACCUCUCGCUCUCGCUGUUAAUACACCAAAAGCCACAUAGGAGAGAGAGAGAGAGCGAGAGUGACUGACGGCGGCCGGAAGUUCUACCUCUGCCCAGCGCCACCUCUGCACAAGAGGGCAUCAAAUCGGUAUUGGGACAUCGAUCAGCACCAGCGCCACCUCCGUCUCUUUCUCUUGCCCAUCCAUGGCCUCAUUGCCACCGCUGCCUCACCCAUGUUCUUCCCAUAGGUACAUCUCUAUUCGAGGAGCCGUGCCCAUGGCUAAUUUGCAUCUGAUUAUAACUUGUUUUUGAGAGUGGGAAGUCUGCAGCUAUCUAUGCUCGUGCAAAAGAACAAGAUUUUCAUGUUUUUGACGUACUGAUAAAUUGGUGAUAUCCUCGUUAUUGGACCAUUUUGCUCGUUAUCUUUUUGAAAAUUAAAGGCACAUGCAACUUGAGUGAUGGCUCUACCACCUGUCCAAUCUACAUAGAAACUUCUGAAUGCGCAAUUUAUCAUUCAAUCAAAUGCAAUUUUCUCUUCCCGAAGUGAUUUAAAAUCAAGCCUUUUCUUUUUCUAUAAUUUUAUCUAAAAUGCAUGGAUAAAUUAGAAGCUUAAUAGUCACAGUUUGAAAUAUAUAAACUACUGUUCAAUUUUAUGAAGUUUUCUAGUGAAGUAAAUCUGGAUGGUCAUCCCUUUGGCAACUCUUUUGUCUACAUGGAGGCAUAGAAACGAGUGUGUUUUCAAUGGAUCUCAACCAGACUUUGAAGCUUUAUGUGAAAUUGUGAAAGUUAGCUUUGUGGGUCAAGGCCUCGCCAUUACCUGUGAACGUUUCUGUGAAUGAUCUGGUUUACAAUCUGCAGCAGGUCAAGUUUUGUCUCAGGAAUGGUGGUUGAGUGUGUAUCUGUUUUGAAUGUUUAUCUGUUUUGUAUCAGGAAUUGUGGCUGAGCUAGUGUAUAGGCUAAGCUAGUGUAUGGUCUGGUUAUUGAGGAUAGUGCAUGGUCUGGUUUGUGCUGUCAGAGGUUUCUGUGUAUGUUCUGUUUUACAAUACAAUUUGAGUGGUUCCUGUUUCAGUGUUUGAUCUGUGCUGUUCUGUUUCUGUGAGUGAUCUGUUAUCUGUUUCUGUGAAUGUCCUGGAUUACAAACUGGAUUGAGCUAUUGCUGAUCUUUUGCUUCUGUAAUGGUGGCACAUUGGGCUUGCUUUCGCUGGUUGAGUGGUUAUCUGGGUUGCCCUGUUCCUUUGGGAUUGGUUAUCUGUUUUGCUGUUCUGUUAUCUGUUUAGUGCUGAUCUUGGUUGUUAUCGGUUUUGCUGUUCUUGGUUGUUGCUUGCUUUUGGAAUACCUCUUCUAAUCACACUUAUUGUUCUUGUAGUUUCUCUGUGCAAUAAAGUAUAUGCUCAGGAGAUUGAAGAUAACAAAGCUAUUGACCAUCAUGAAUUGAUCGAUGAAGAAAAUCUUCAGUUAAAUUCUGCGACUGCUGGGAGAAUGGUAAGGAGAAAUUAUGACAUUCAAUUUUAUUGCAUAUUAGGAUAGCUGUCCAAUAAUUGUUAUUCUUUUCAAAAAGCUUGUCAUUUUAUGAUAUCUAAUACAGUACACUAUUUGCUGCAUGUUCUUUUAUCUCAUGCCAUUUUUUGGUGCUAUUUUGUGUGGAGAACUUUCCUUUCACAUUCCAGGUUCAGGAAAAAUAGCAUGAAGUUCAUUGAGUAGUAGUCAAUUGCAAAUGAUAUUCUCUAUUUGCAGUUUGUUUCGCUUAGUGAAACUAUUAUAGUGGUUUUGGAGGGAAGUGCUAAAAUGAUAGGAGUUGAUUGAAUGCUAAGAACUGCUUCAAAUGGUAACAAUGCGCCAAUUGUAAAAUAUGUGUGUGUGUGUUUCCUUUUUUUUAAAAAAAAAAAAAAAUUAGCUUUUGAAAUUGAGAUUUUGAACAUACAUGUCAAUUAAUAGCCUCUUCUUACUGAGGCUUUCAAUGUUCUAAUGUCUUUCCAUACUGUCACCAAUCUCUUUUCUUUCUUUAGUCAGAUUGGCAUAUUGAGAGCCAUUCUCUUAUUUUCUUAGUUUUCUCAUGGAUUCCGUUGGAGUCAUUAUUUCCUUCUAUCAACUGAAGUUGGAGAGUUUUGCAGAAUAUGAACUUUGGUGGCCAGAUGGGCCUAUGUAGAUUGCCAAAUUGGUUUACUGAUAAAUUAGAACAUAUAAUUAGAUUGAAAAAUACUCAGCGGUUUAUUUCUUGUUUUUGCUACUCGAACUGUUCCCCGUAUUUCAAAAGUCUGACAAUGUAUUCCUAGAAUGUUACUAUAGCUAUGUGCAACAAAUGAUGGUUGAUUGCAAGAAUCUACACCACCGACCUGUGCAUCAAAUUUGCAGACAAUUUUUGGUGAGUCAAAUGAAGUUCACAGUGAACCAGAGAUCAACAAUGAUGCAGCGCAAAGCAGAAGAUUCACGUUCAGUUUUGAACUGGUCCGCUUUUGGGAGAUGAUGACAGUGAUGAUAACAGCAGAAGCUCUAGUGAGUAUCAAACUUGCAAUGUCUCAGAUUUCUACAUUUCUGACAUGAUUGCUGCAGGCUUACCCUUUGAAGGCAACUCAAUUUAUGAUGACUUCACAGAAGUUAUUUGCUUGCUUGAUUACAAAUGUGAUGAGCCAACUACGUUUUUUGAUGUGGCUGAGGAAUACAUGAUACUGCCUUUCCUUGAGGAUACCAUGGAGGCAGGUGGCAAUCAUGAUGGCAGAACUUGUGAGGACACCAUUAUAGAUUUAGAUGAUUCAAGCUUGUAUCUUGCAAUCCAUCAGUUGAGAUCCUGCAAUGAGGAACCUGAUGUGAAUCCCUACUCAGAUUCAGAUCAAUUAGAGUGCUUUGAUCCACACAAGUUUAUCAGAAAUCUACCUGACCCACCAGAUGUGGCGCCAAAAUUUCACCCCACUACAUUGCUAAAUGAAUCACAGAAAAUGAAAUCCACUACCCUAGUACUGGAUUUGGAUGAAACACUUGUCCACUCUACGUUGGAACAUUGUGAAGAUGCGGAUUUUAGCUUUCCAGUCUUUUUCAAUAUGAAAGAGCACAGAGUCUAUGUAAAACAGAGGCCUUACCUUCAAAUGUUCCUAGAGAGGGUUACUGAGAUGUUUGAAAUCGUGGUGUUCACAGCCAGUCAAAGCAUCUAUGCAAAACAGCUUCUGGAUAUACUGGAUCCAGAUAGAAAACUUAUCUCUCAUCCAGCUUAUUGUGAAUCAUGCAUUUUUUCAGAUGGACGUUACACCAAGGACUUAACAGUUUUGGGUGUUGAUCUUACAAAAAUUGCUAUAAUUGACAAUUCUCCUUAGGUAGACUUCCUGCCCAUUGACUUUCACGCAUCCUUUGUAAAGAAUAUUUGGUUGAUAAUUGUUACAAGUUACAUAGAUAUGCAUGAUUUUGUGAAUGUGAA